GCGCCGGCGUCUGGGGCCGCGGCAGCGCCGCCAUGUCGGGCGAGGGCAAACCGGCUCCUCCAUGACGGGUGAGGGCGAAAUGGCGGUCGGAAGGGGCGGCCGUCGGCGGCCAUUGUCGGUGGGUCGGAGCGAGGCGGCGGCGGCGCGAAAGACGAGAGAGAUGCUCCAGAGCCCUCAUCAUUUUUGUGGCUGCCACUGGACCCUCUCCAGCAGCUCCUUGUCUUUGUGCUGAGGAGUCCAGAACCGGACACAGCACCUCAGCCACGCCACACAAGGGCCAGGCAGAGCGAGAGGAGGAACUUGGAGAAGGUGGGAAUCUGUAUACUUCAGCGACCAUGUCCGGAGUUGGCAAUAAACGGACUGCUGGAGAGCCUGGCACUUCUGCACCUCCGGAGAAGAAGGCAGGGGUUGAAGAUUCAGGCACCACUGUGGAGACCAUAAAACUUGGUGGUGUUUCUUCAACGGAGGAGCUGGAUAUCCGGACCUUGCAGACCAAGAACCGGAAGCUUGCGGAGAUGCUCGACCAGCGCCAGGCCAUCGAAGAUGAGCUGCGGGAGCACAUUGAGAAGCUGGAGUGUCGGCAGGCUACCGACGAUGCCUCCCUGCUGAUCAUCAAUCGAUACUGGAAUCAGUUUGAUGAAAAUAUCCGCAUCAUCCUGAAACGCUUUGACCUGGACCAAGGUCUUGGAGACCUUUUGUCUGAAAGAAAAGCACUCGUGGUGCCAGAACCUGAACCAGACUCUGACAGUAAUCAGGAGCGCAAAGAUGAGAGGGAACGAGCAGAAGGACUGGAGCCGGCAUUCUCCUUCCUGGCCACUCUAGCCAGCAGUACCAGUGAGGAGAUAGAAUCUCAGCUGCAGGAGCGUGUGGAGUCCUCUCGCCGUGCUGUUGCCCAGAUUGUGACAAUGUACGACAAGCUGCAGGAGAAGGUGGAUGUGCUGUCUCACAAGCUGAAUAGUGGAGAUAUUUCACUGAUGGAAGAAGCAGUAGCGGAGCUGAAUUCCUACCUGUCACAUGAGAAUGGACAGCUGCAAGAACUGGCUGAUGUUCUUCAGGAGAAGCACAGAGUCAUGUCUCAGGAGUUCUCCAAGCUACAAGAGAGGGUGGAGACAGCAGAAUCACGGGUAUCUGUCCUGGAGACCAUGAUUGAUGACCUUCAGUGGGACAUUGACAAGAUCCGCAAGAGGGAGCAGAGGCUGAACCGCCACCUGGCUGAUGUCCUGGAACGAGUAAAUUCCAAAGGCUACAAGGUGUACGGAGCUGGGAGCAGCCUCUAUGGGGGAACAAUUACCAUUAAUGCCCGCAAGUUUGAGGAGAUGAAUGCAGAGCUGGAAGAGAAUAAAGAGCUUGCUGGGAAUCGCCUUAAUGAGUUGGAGGAACUACGUCAGGAUCUUGAGGAAGUAAGAACACACAAUGAAAAGCUCAAGGUUGAGCUGCAACGAGCAGUGGAAGAGGCUGUGAAGGAGACCCCAGAAUAUCGCUGCAUGCAGUCCCAGUUUUCUGUUUUGUAUAACGAGAGUCUCCAGCUGAAGGCACACCUUGACGAGGCCCGCACGCUGCUCCAUGGCACCCGUGCCACACACCAGCGCCAGGUGGAGCUGAUUGAGAGAGAUGAGGUCAGCCUUCACAAGAAGCUACGCACGGAGGUGAUUCAGCUAGAGGACACCCUGGCACAAGUCCGCAAAGAAUAUGAGAUGUUGCGGAUAGAGUUUGAACAGACACUUGCUGCCAAUGAGCAAGCAGGCCCAAUUAAUCGGGAGAUGCGCCACCUCAUCAGCAGCCUCCAGAAUCACAACCACCAGUUGAAGGGGGAGGUGUUGAGAUACAAGCGCAAACUGAGAGAGGCCCAGGCUGACCUGAGCAAGAUCCGCUCUCGCAGUGGCAGUGCUCUCCUCCAGUCCCAGUCCAGUGCUGAAGACACAAAGGAGGAACCUACAGAGAUCAAGCAGGAGCCUGAUGAUCCUUCUGCCCAAGUGUCUGUUCCCAAGGCUGCUUUUGAAGAUGUUCAUGAAACGAAGGCCAGGCGAGAUGAAGAGGAACGGGAGCGGGAGAGACGAGAAAGGGAGAGGGAGCGAGAGAAGGAAAAGGAGAAAGAGAGAGAACGAGAAAAAGAGAAGGAAAAGGAACGAGAGCGGGAAAAGCAGAAGCAGAAGGAAUCAGAGAAGGAGAGAGAGUCCAAAGAGAAGGAGAAAGGGAAGCAUGAAGAUGGAAGAAAGAAGGAGGCUGAAGUGAUCAAGCAGCUGAAGGCUGAGCUCAAGAAGGCCCAGGAGAGCCAGAAGGAGAUGAAAUUGUUGCUAGAUAUGUACCGCUCUGCCCCUAAAGAGCAGAGAGACAAGGUGCAGCUGAUGGCAGCUGAGAAGAAGGCAAAAGCUGAGCUUGAAGAACUGAGGCAGAGGGUGAAAGAAUUGGAAGACAAGGAAAAAAAGGAGAGUAAAAAGAUGGCUGAUGAGGAUGCCCUCCGCAAGAUCCGAGCAGUGGAGGAACAGAUUGAAUAUUUGCAGAAGAAACUUGCCAUGGCUAAGCAGGAGGAAGAGGCCCUGCUAUCAGAAAUGGAUGUCACAGGCCAAGCUUUUGAAGACAUGCAAGAGCAGAACAUCCGCCUGAUGCAGCAGCUGCGGGAGAAGGAUGACGCCAACUUCAAGCUGAUGUCAGAACGCAUCAAGUCCAACCAGAUCCAUAAGCUGCUGAAAGAGGAAAAGGAAGAGCUUGCGGACCAAGUUUUGACACUGAAAACACAGGUGGAUGCCCAGCUGCAGGUUGUACGUAAGCUGGAGGAGAAGGAACACUUACUGCAGAGCAGUAUUGGAACAGGAGAGAAGGAGUUGGGCCUGCGAACACAGGCCCUGGAAAUGAACAAACGCAAGGCCAUUGAUGCAGCACAGCUUGCAGAUGAUCUGAAGGCCCAGCUAGAGUUGGCUCAGAAGAAGUUACACGAUUUUCAGGAGGAGAUUGUGGAAAACAGAGUAACCAGAGAAAAAGAGAUGUUCAAUUUCAAAAGGGCUGAGGAAGAUAUUUCUAGGUUGCGCAGGAAGCUGGAGACCACAAAGAAGCCUGACAUGGUUCCCAACUGUGAUGAGAUCCUGAUGGAGGAAAUCAAGGAUUAUAAGGCCCGCCUGACAUGCCCGUGCUGCAACAUGCGCAAGAAGGACGCAGUGCUCACCAAGUGCUUCCACGUCUUCUGCUUCGAGUGCGUCAAGACGCGCUACGACACCCGGCAGCGCAAGUGCCCCAAGUGCAACGCGGCCUUCGGGGCCAACGACUUCCACAGGAUCUACAUUGGCUGAGGCCCUCACAGAGCCUCUGCUUGUGCUGAGCCAGCCUCCCUCCCUCUCUGUCAGCUUCUGCCACCUGAGCUGCAGUGUUUUCUGGGAGGUGCAUUCAGGGUCUCGAAAGAAACACACUUUGGAUCUUGCUUCCUUUCUUGGCCCUGUCCCUUUGGUCUUGCCCUCAGUUUUUGUGUGCUCUUUGUGCCUGAGAGGAAAUUUCCGAUCCCCCGCUUUCACACUGCCAAGAUGGGAACACACAACUGAAGUGCUGCAAGUGUGGGAUGGAAGCUGAACUGCAGCAGCGAUUAGUGAGAGCUUUAUUUGAGGGCUCUGCUUUGGAUGCUAAUUAAAUCCCAUCAAGGGAUGGCACUGCUCCUGGGAGGGAAGUGUUUCACCAUUAGCAGGCCCAAUAGAGGCCAAGGAACUGAAUCUGUAGGCUCAGUGGAGUAACUCCUUAGGUACCUGUGUAUCUUCCUGAGUCAGAGCAAGAACGGCUGAGGGCUGGUGCACUAGGAAACAUCCUCCCAAGCCCCAAACAAACACUAAACAUCUUACUAUCCAGAGGAGGAGAAAGGAAAGAUCUUGGAGACCCUUAGAAAACAGCAUGCCGCUGAUGAGCCCUGGUUGAUGUGCUCACCUUCCGUAGGCUGAGGCAUUGCUGUCAUUGGCCUUCUUAGAAAAGGACUUCUAGCGGUUCCUUUGCUGCAGCUUAACCAUGAAGAUUAAUCUUGUUAUGUGCAAAUUCUUAUUAAAGCUGUUGUUUGGUUUA